AUGGCGAUGCUGAGCAACCUUGGAGAUGAAAUGGCGGUGAUGGAACUCGGAUCAGCCAACACUUCCAAUACCAGCGUGUCUGAUUCCAUACACAACAUUACCUUGUUACCUUAUUAUCCACAUGCAUUGUAUGUGGCCACAAGCUAUAUGCUGGCAUACCUCUUCAUUUUCCUGCUGUGCAUGGUGGGCAACCUGCUCGUGUGCCUGAUCGUGCUGGGAAGCCGUCGUAUGCGAACCGUCACUAACAUGUUCAUCUUAAAUCUGGCCGUCAGUGACCUUCUGGUGGGCAUCUUCUGCAUCCCUACUACACUUGUGGACAACCUUAUUACAGGUUGGCCCUUUUCCAAAAUAAUGUGCAAGCUGAGCGGUUUUGUUCAGGGCGUGUCUGUGUCUGCAUCGGUCUUCACGUUGGUGGCUAUAGCUGUCGAAAGGUUUCGCUGCAUCGUGUACCCUCUGUACCCCAAGCCAACCAUACGUGUUGCCCAGGCAGCUAUUAUGCUGAUCUGGGUGCUCGCCAUGGCCUUCAUGUGUCCAGCUGCAGUUGCACUGACCGUGGAGGAAGUUCCUUUUCACAACAUGGUCUACAAUGACGAUUUCAACCACACAAUACCUCUGCACAUCUGCUAUGAAAACUUUGCCAACCCCAAGAUGACAAAGGUUUAUACAGCGGUUCUUUUCGCGCACAUCUACCUGGUCCCACUGAUGGUCAUCACAGCCAUGUACGGCACCAUCGGAGUCAAGCUGUGUUCAUCUGGGACUGCGAACCGAAGGCCGCACGGGGCCAACAUUCAGCGGGUGGUUUCUCGGAGAAAAAUCCGGGCGAUAAAGAUGCUGGUCCUUGUGACCUUGCUUUUUAUGUUGUCAUGGUUACCACUCUGGACCCUAAUGAUGAUGGCGGACUACGCUGGUUUGGAAAGAGACCAGCUGGAUUUAUUGAUCAGCUACAUCUUCCCUUUCGCCCAUUGGCUGGCGUUCUCAAAUUCCAGCGUCAACCCCAUCAUCUACGGCUACUACAACGACAACUUUAAAAGGGGAUUCCAGGUGGUGUGCAAGUCCAGGGCCUUCUCCAGUCUGUUGGAGUGGCGCGUGUGGAGGAGGAUUUCCGGCUGUUUUCGGAAAGAAAACGUGCAAACGCCUUUUCAAGCUACCAACUGCGGAAAUAGCGGCGGCCAUAACAACCGGCUCCUAUUUGGACUGAGAAACCGAGUCCACAAUCAAAUGUUCAGUGACAAGGCUGAGCGGGAUGUGGGUGCAAGAGGCGGGCGUACGGGCCUAAGAAGUGCUACAGAGCAGGGCAUAGAAAUGUUAGCUUUGAGUAAAAAAAACAGCCACGACGAACAUUUGGCGAAAGAAAAUGUGGGGCCUGUUUCGCUCCAUCGAGCGUGGGAUAACUGAGUUCACUUCAGAUGAAGCCAAAGGUGGAAUUGUUACAACUUACUUUUAUUGUAGUCUGUAGAAACGCGCACUUUAACUGCAACCAUAUUUAGCUGGUCAAGAAAAAUACUUGAUAACUGUCAGGUACAAACAUCGAUGACAUCUAUUACACAAGAUAAGAAGCAAGGAAAUAAACCGAGACAGGAUUCAAUUUUGCUCAAUUUGAGGAGAAACGUGUCGACCUGUAACCUCUUACAGUGUCACCCACGCUCUUACAAAAAAAAUUUUCACGUCUCCUCUUUUAUUUGGAUAUUCCCUGUUUACAUAACAACAGCUGUUUCUAAAGGAAUGGGGGGUAUGUAAACAGACAUUGUUUUUGGUCACAUUAACACAAAAAGAAAAAGAUGCCUGGGGCUUGGACUGGUCCUGGAUCGAGCUUGGGCAAGUCUUGAAUCACAAUAGAUAACCCCUCCCGUCUCCUCCCAUCGUACACAGCGGGAUUUUACAAGCCUUUGGCUUGGUGCAACAAAGACAGCCUCUUGUCUGUUCACUGGGAACUCAGAGAACGGAAAGUUUUUUUGACAAUUUACAUACAAUUUUUCUGACAAUAACCACUACCUCCUGAUUUCCACGUUGAGAAUGUAAAUUGUAAAGCACUUAAUUCUUCAAAUGCCACGAGGCAUCACAACGUUACAGUCAUCAGCGUCGUCACUGUUUACAGAAGUCCAUGUUGGACUUUCACCUAUAAAGUAUUUUUCUACCGUAAAGUGAUUUGACACAGUUACCUCAUUUACCUACUGAUUCUCAGAUUGAUAAUUGAACCAGAAACCUUCAGGUUGUCAUAAGACCGCCUGAGCAAGGGCGUUGAUUGGCGUGGCGAUAAAGGUGUGAUGACUAGUUUUGGUAUUGUUUAUGUCCACAACAGUUUAUGUCGACAUCAGUCAGCCAAUCCCAAGCCCUUACAUCGUCAACUGUAGAUAUCACCUGCUACCUAACCUGCACUUGCCAGUUGUGUUUAUGUCCGUGCUGCAGCAUUUAGGUUUGAAACGCACAUUCUCAUAUUUAACUUCCAAAUGCAGGGUGGUGUUCUAGACGGGGGGCAUCAAACUUGUAUUUUUUGAGAGCCUCAUCACAGUUAUAACUGUCCUCAGAGGGCCGCUUGUAACAGUGAAUAUAUAUGAAAAUAAACUUACGUCAAUCAUCCAUCCAUCCAUUUUAUACCGCUUGUCCAUUUUGGGGGCACUGGAGCCUAUCUCAGCCGCAUUCGGGUGGAAGGCGGGGGUACACCCCGGACAAGUCGCCACCUCAUCGCAGGGCCAACACAGAUAG